GGCACUACAAAAGGGACUGGUCGCUACAGUUCAAGAACUCCAUUGACCACAAUCCUCCGGUACGAGCGAGCCGCACACGCAAAAGGUCGGUUUCUCCAGCUGAAAGUGGAAUCAUGAAUUACGCUCGGUUUCUGACAGCAGUCAGUGGAGCUAGAAAACCUUCUGCCAUCAGGAUGCUGACUGAGCUGCAGCAGCGCUCGCCUCCCUCCCUGAUCUCUCUGGCCGGUGGAGCACCCAACUCGGACACCUUCCCCUUCCUGUCGGCAUCCAUCCAGGUGAAGAAUGGCCAGGCGGUGACCUUCAACGAGGCGACGAUGAAGAGGGCCCUGCAGUACUCUGCCUCCAACGGAAUCCCUGAGCUGCUGACGUGGAUGAAGGACCUGCAGAAGAACCUCCACAAUCCUCCGACCGCCACUUACAGCCCAGAGAACGGUCAGAUGGACGUGUGUGUGACGACAGGGAGCCAGGAGGGGCUCUGCAAAGUGUUUGAGAUGCUCGUUAACCCGGGGGACAACGUUCUCCUGGAUGCACCAACGUACUCGGGCACACUUGCAGCGCUCCAGCCUCUUGGGUGCAACUUAAUAAACGUCCCCAGCGAUCAGUACGGCAUGAUCCCCUCAGCUCUGAAAAAGGUCCUGUCUCGCUGGAACCCAUCAGAAGUCCACAAGCCCGGCAGCACCGCUCCCAAGGUCCUCUACACCAUUCCAAAUGGUGGGAACCCCACCGGCGCCUCCAUGACGGCGGAGAGGAAGAAGGACGUGUACGAGCUGGCCCGGCUGUACGACUUGCUUAUCAUCGAGGACGACCCGUACUACUUCCUGCAGUUUGAUAAGCCGUGGUCUCCAACAUUUCUGUCCAUGGAUGUUGACGGGAGGAUCAUCAGGACAGACUCCUUCUCUAAGAUCCUGUCUUCGGGCCUGAGGAUAGGUUUCGUGACCGGUCCCAAGCCUCUGGUGGACAGGGUUGUGCUGCACAUCCAGGCCUCCACGAUGCACACCAGCACCUUCACCCAACUCUUGGUGUCUCAGCUGCUGCACACCUGGGGACCAGAGGGUUUCCUCCAGCACAUAGACAGGGUGAUUGAGUUUUACCGGACACAGCGAGACGCGAUGAUCAGCUCCGCAGACAAGUGGCUCAAAGACGUGGCCGAGUGGCACGCUCCGUCAGCAGGUAUGUUCCUGUGGAUGAAACUGAAGGGCAUAGCUGACACCCAGCAGCUCAUUAUGGAGAAAGCUUUGGAGAAAGAGGUGCUGUUGGUUCCCGGAGGUGUCUUUAUGAUCGACAGCAGCGAGCCGUGUCCAUACGUCAGAGCAGCCUUUUCCCAGGCCACACCAGAGCAGAUCGACGAGGCUUUCAGAAGACUCUCUCUGCUCAUCAAAGACGCUUUGUGACGAAUGAUUUGUCUUCCUCGUCGGCAGGUUAUGGACUUUUAGAUAAAUGUUAUAUUAAUUGAAAAGUGUGACCUCA